GAACAUUUGAACUGUCAGAUAUAAUUCCAUAUUCCAUAGUUGUCAAAAAUGACUUUUCAGAGAUAGCACAAUUUAUUCGGGGAUAUGAUUUGUAUUUAGUUCACUUUGUUCGUUCAUAAGAAAUGUUAUUGAAUUGUGUAACUGUGAUUAAUAAUCAGUAGUAAAAUACGGCCAAAAUGGUUACAGCAGAAUGUAUAAAGACUGAAUAUCCACUACACUGGUGUGUUUGGUACAAUGAUUACAAAAAUUUAAGAGAUCUUCUUUCAAGAAAGGAGCAUGAUAAGGAAAAGAAAGAUAAUAGGGGAAGAACUCCUUUGAUGCUAGCUGUAACCCUGGGACAUCUAGAAUCCACCAGAACGUUAUUGAAUUCUGAAGCCAAUGUUAACUGUGAGAAUUUGAAGGGAUGGACAGUUGUUCAAGAAGCUGUGGCUACUGGGGAUCCAGAAUUGUUACAAAUGGUUUUGGAAAGUAGAGAUUUUCAGCGGUAUACAAGCCGAAUGGCAGGUAUUCCUGAACUACUUCAGAGAUUAAAAGAAGCUCCUGAUUUUUACGUUGAAAUGAAAUGGGAAUUCACCAGCUGGGUUCCAUUGGUAUCUAGAAUGUGCCCAAGUGAUACUUAUAAAGUUUAUAAGCAAGGAUCUAGUGUUAGAAUAGAUACUACCCUUCUGGGAUUUGACCACACCAGCUGGCAGAGAGGAAAUAGAAGUUAUGUUUUUCAAGGGCAUAAUGAUGGUGCUACUAUGAUGGAAAUCGACCAUGACACUCAGCAAGUGUACUGUGAGCAAAUGCGUACUACAGAAGAUUCACUAGGAAUGUUAUUACCAAAUGAAGAAUCUGUAUCUCAACGAUUAACCACACCUAUAGUUACGACCUAUGUCGACACAGAAAAAAUCAGUUUUGAAAGGAAUAAAGCUGGGAUGUGGGGUUGGAGGUCGGAUAAGACUGAAAUGAUAAAUGGAUAUGAAUGUAAAGUAUUUGGUGCAUCUAACGUAGAACUUAUCACAAAAACUAGAACCGAACAUUUAACAGAAACAGAUAAGGCUCGAAGCAAAAAUAACAAACAUCCCUUGCAGAAUUUCUUAGGUAUUGCAGAAGUCGGAGAGAGUCAAGCAACUGCACUGCUUCCAAACAAUGAAGAAUUUCGCAAUUCUAGCAAUCCGUGCAACAUAACUCCGGAAGAAUAUUUUGACUGUUCUGUGGAUUUGGAAGCUCAGGGCAGAGAUAUAGGACGCCCAAAAGAGGUCAAUGUUAAAGUUCAGAAAUUCAAAGCUAACCUGUGGCUAUGUGAAAAUUAUCCACUGUCUCUUCCAGAACAAAUUCUUCCAAUUGUCGAUUUGAUGGCCAUAUCUAGUUCACAUUUUGCUAAAUUGAAAGAUUUCAUUCAAAUGCAGCUGCCGUCUGGUUUUCCUGUAAAGAUAGGUAGGCCUAAUGAAUGUUUUUUAUAAAUAAUACUAAGAGAA